AUGAGCAGACCUUCAGCACUCAAACGGAAACAGCCAGACUCAAGUUCUCCGUCGGAGUCUUUGACAGAGCAUGAGAAAAUCAUAUAUACUGUAAUCCGAAGCAAGCAAGAUAUGGGAAUUUGGACACGAGACAUGAAGAAAGAAGCGAACCUCCCCGACAAUCUGGUUGGCAAAUCCAUAAAAUCACUCCAAGCCAAGAACCUGAUAAAAGAGGUUGUAAAUGUCCAAAGCAAGGGGAGAAAGCAUUAUAUGGCUGCAGAGUUUGAGCCCUCCAAGGAGUUAACUGGCGGGGAUUGGUAUUCUAAUGGGACCCUCGAUAAAUAUUACAUAACCUGUGUAAAAGAUGGGUUUGCAAAGAUCAUAUAUCAGCUCAAGGUUUCUACCUUGGAGGGAAUUUCACAUGAAGUUAAAAAGAGUGGAAUAUUCAAAACUUCGUUCACAAAACAGCAAAUUGAGGAGAUUCUGAGGGUUUUGGUUUUGGACAAACGGGUCACGGAAGUGAAGAGCAAUGGGAUGGGGGAGUUUGGUUCGUUUCCUGUUGGGAAAAUUUGCUAUAAAUCCACAAGCAAGGGAGGUACUAAACGGGAACCCAAAGUAGGGGCCAUGGCUUCCAUUCCAUGUGGAGUUUGUCCACGGAUAAGUCAAUGUACACCAGAUGAGGAAAAAGUUGGAGGAUGGAAGUGUGAGAUUGAGAUUGGAGAUGGUAUUGAGAGGGAAGAUGGGAGGGGGAGGGAGGCGGAAGUGUGGGCCAUUCUUUAUGGUUUGAGGCUUGCUAGCAAUUCCAACUAUUCUCCAUUGAUUGUGGAAUCCGACUCUCAAUUGGUGGUUGUGUUGGUGAAUGCUUCUAGUUGUGAUCCGUUACGCCUUCUCUUUAGCCUUAUCUCUUGUUGUAAAGCCCUCAUGACGGGUGGGGUGUGUCGCAUUGAACAUGCCUUCAGGGAAUGUAACUCUGCCGCUGAUAUGCUUGCUUCUAUAGGGAGUGGUUUGGAUGUGAUAGCACAGCCGGUGGUGGCCGGAGUUGGCAGGAAAAACCCUCGAAAGUUUCGGUUUCAAAACAGCCCGUUUUGGGCUUCACUUUGGCUCGAAUUUCUGGUUUAA